AUAUAUAUAAAUACAAAGAAAUAACUUAAAUUUUUAACUUUUAUAAAAGAUUUAAAUUUAUUAUAAAUUUUACUUAAAAAGUUAUUAAAAGUUUUUAUUCCGUUUGAAGAUAACCCUUUUUUGCGAAGAAUAAAAAGAUAUUAUUUCAACUGAACCCUUGCUUCCCGACAUCAAAAAAAAAUAGGAAAAGAAGGAAUAACAUAUCGGAUCGUAAAUCAUACAGUGCUUCUCCAUAUAUUCCAGGAAGAAAAAAAAAAUUCGCGGAUUAGAACCAAUAAUUUUUCUGGGAAAUCAUGUUCCAUUAUAUCGAUAAAAGAUAUUUGCUUUUCGGGAUAUUCCUGGCGAUUUGUCAGAUGGCCAGUGUUCAAAAUGAACAGGAACGUUUAGCAAGCUGUGUUAAAGGCAAUUUCCUCUGGUGCCACCGAUGGAAGGGUAGAUUAUAUUUAGCUCCCAGAAUAUUCACUAGCAACCCAUACAAUAUCAUAGGCGAUGAGCAAGCCUUGCUAUCUUAUUUAAAGAAAAAUCCAGGAAUUCUAGAGAAAUUAAUGGAGAGCAAAAGAUUCUUGGGUUACGCCUCAGUGAACUCCGGCGGCGAAAGAAACAAAAGAUACGCCAAUGAUGCCGGCGACCAUCCGACUUCCUUGGGCAGGAGAUCUAAGUUAGUCCUCCGACAACAAAUGCUACCGGGAGGCGGUACGGUUAACGAUGUCGGAAAUCACGAUUGGGUAUCGAUGAAAGGCAAAAUGAGGAGGCAGAAACGGUUCCUGGGGUUUCAAUCCAAAUCCCUCCUCAGGUCAUACCCGGACAGAUUCGAAGAUUUCGAUCCAAUGAGUGACGAGACGUUCUUCACCGGCAAGUAUUACAAGUAUCCUUAUUACGGUUACAACCACUCCGUCAAAAGGAUCCCCUUCACCCACGACUUCCUGGGUAAGAGAAUACCCCCCCGACGAGGAAGUAGAUUGUACUUAGGACCAAGAAUAUCCUCCAACAGCCCGUACAAUGUCUUAGACGAGGACGAAUCUUUGCUAGCUUACUUGGAAUCGAAUCCCGAAAUCUUAGAGGAGUUAAAGGAAGACAAAAGAUUUUUGGGUUACGCGUCUACCGGUAGAAGGGAAGGUAGGAUGGCUAACAAAAGAUUCCUUGGAGCCAGCAACAUAAAGCGUUACAAAUUUCCUUACUACUCCUACAGCAACUACAUCAAGAGGAUCCCGUUUACUCACGACUUCCUGGGAAAGAGGUUCGACAUGGGCGGCACGAAAUCCAAUUGGUACCCAUCUUACGUCUUCAAGAAAUUGAGCACCCCGGAUUUUCUGGGAUAAAAUGAAAAAUUAAACAAUGAAAAAUGGAAUCCAAUCUUUACCCCCUCCCCCCAUCACUCCUCCAUUCUCCCAAAAGGUAGGAAUUUUUUUCUCAUAUUUUAACAUUAAAACUAUAUACAUAAAUACAUACUCAUUAAAUGGAAAAUUAUUAUCAAUUUCAUUUAUAUAUAUAUAUAUUUAUUUAUUUAUAUGAUGAUACAAACAAACUUAUACCCUUAAUAUCAUUAUUAAACAAACUUGUACACUUAAUAUCAAUAUUUUUAUAAUAAUUUUAU